AUGUUCCCACCCGCAGACAGUAUCCUGCCGUAUCCUGCCUGCACUGACCAAGCAGCAAACCGACAUGCUGACCUGCUGCGCAGUUACAUCUCAUACCGGCAGUCCUACGCGCACCAUCCCACCCACCGGAGCCGCUAUGGAGGCGGAGCGGGAGGUAGCAGCGGCCUCGCGGCGGCCGGGCCCACCGGCACCAGCAGCGGCGUGCUGUUCUCGGCCGACGAGACGUCCGACUCGCGCGGCCUGCUGUCGGCGGGCGCGUACGACCAGGACGACGGCGACGCCGUGAUCGAGAUGGACCUGCUGCCCCCGCGCUGGGCCGACAUCACCGACGAGGUCACCGACCUGCUCGCCGACGUCGCCCGCAAGAGCCAGCAGCUCGAGCGCCUGCACCAGAAGCACGUCCUGCCGGGCUUCGACGACGAGGACGCCAAGCGCGCAGAGGAGCGCGACAUUGAGCGCCUAACCCAGGACAUCACCCGCGCCUUCCACGAGUGCCACCGCUGCAUCCAGCGCGUCGAGGAGAUGGUCCGCGAGUCCAAGCAGCAGGGCACCAUGACUAAUGCGGAGGAGACGAUGGCAAAGAAUAUACAGAUAUCGCUCGCCACGAGAGUGCAGGAGGCUAGCGCCGGCUUCAGAAAGAAGCAGAGCGCAUAUCUGAAGAGUAAGCUGCCUUUCCUGUCCUGGCAUAGACAUAUUGGCUCACAAGUGUUCGCAGAAUUGAGGGGACUGGGCGGGCCAGGAGCAUUGAGUCCAGCAGGAGACCGAGCAUCUACACCUCUGCCGAGCUCGGGAUAUACAGAUCCAUCACUUCUCGAAUCUGAUGCCGAUCGGUCCUUCUCACAAUCAACGCUCCAAGCAACGUCGAAACAGAAGCAGCUGCACUCCAAUGAUGCAGCAAUUAUGCAGAGAGAACGCGAGAUCGAAGACAUUGCACAGGGCAUCAUCGACCUGUCCGAUCUCUUCAGAGACUUGCAGACCAUGGUCAUCGACCAGGGGACAAUGCUCGACCGGAUCGACUACAACGUGGAGCGGAUGGCUACAGACGUCAAGGAGGCAGACAAGGAGCUCAAGGUCGCAUCUGGAUACCAGAGGAGGACGACAAAGCGGAAGAUUAUCCUUCUGCUCAUAUUGAUAAUUGCUGGGCUAUUCAUCUUACUCCUCAUCAAGCCAAAGAAGCGAGGCGGGGAGGAGGCGCAGCUGUGA